GAUUUAUUCAUAACAUUUACCUGCAAUCCUAGGUGGGCAGAGAUAGAUCGUUUUCUCCACCAAAGGAAUUUGAGAGCGGCAGAUCGGCCGGAUGUAAUUAGUCGUGUUUUCAAGAUCAAACUUGACGGGUUGAUUAAAGAUCUUCGCAAAAAUAAAGCAUUUGGGAAUGUUAAAGGAGUUGUUUAUACAAUUGAAUUUCAGAAACGCAGUUUGCCUCAUGCACAUAUUUUGUUGUGGUUAUCGAAUGAAGAUAAAUUGCCCUCACCAACUGAUAUAGAUAGGGUAAUAUCUGCUGAAAUCCCAGAUAUAAAUCUAGAACCGACGUAUUACGCAGCGGUGAGGGAUUUUAUGAUGCACGGACCUUGCGGUCGUGCAGUGAAGUCUGCGCCUUGCAUGGUUGACAGUAAAUGUACAAAGUACUUUCCCAAAAAAUGGUGUGCAGACACGACCGUUGAUGACGAUGGUUAUCCAGUGUAUAGGCGUCGGAAUAAUGACCGCGUAAUCUCAAAGAAUAAGGCCGAUUUGGAUAUUAGGUUUGUUGUUCCGCACAACCGUUAUUUGUUGAUGAAGUAUGGAGCUCAUAUGAACGUAGAGUGGUGUAAUCGGUCAAUGUCCAUCAAAUAUUUGUUUAAGUACAUAAACAAAGGCCGUGAUCGUGUGACGGCGGGAUUUUACCAGGCAGUUGACGGUGAUGCACAACAAAAACCGAUUGAUGAGAUUCAAAUGUA